CCCACUAGGGCUAAUCACUAAUAGCCUGUGACCAUUUUCCUACUUCAACUUCAAUCUCUCCCUUUCUUCAACCCUCGUCGCACCUUCUCACCCUUUCUCAAUGUAAGUGUUUUUCCACUUGUUCAUUCCCUCAAUUUCUUCAACUCCUCAUACCCCCUCAAUUUAUGACUAUACUUUUCACUCAGAUUUUUCUGAGCUAUGAGUUUCGAAUUGGGGUAUUUGUUCAUGUUUAAACCCUACCCUUCCACGUGUUUCGUUAGCUGUUUUCGAUAAUGUUAUUUAUCAAGAUUUUGAAUCUUUGAUUCUUUAGUAGAAAGUUGGGGUUGGGGUUUUUCUGGCUUUGGGGGUGCUCUAGAUAUGAUUAAACAGAUAUUCGGUAAAAUACCUCGCAAACCCUCAAAAUCUUCUCAUAAUAAUUCAAACGGUGAAGGAGGGAUCAAUGAUGGUUUCUCACUGAACUCAUCUUCUGGGACCAAUUCCAAUACCCUCUUGAAACCCAAUUCAGUUUCUUCGAAAUCUUCAAGCUCUGGUUCAGUUGGGUCUCGUUCUGGGAAUGAGACUAGUGCUCAACAGUUUACAAAUCAAACUAAGAAAUCAGCUCCACCAACGGGUUCGGUAAUGGCUUCUGCGGUUUAUGAGGCUUUGCCUAGCUUUAGGGAUGUUCCUAGCUCCGAGAAGCAGAAUCUUUUUAUUCGAAAGUUGAAUAUGUGCUGUGUUGUGUUUGAUUUUAAUGAUCCUGCUAAGCAUCUCAAAGAGAAGGACGUUAAGCGGCAAACUCUACUUGAGCUUGUUGACUACGUUUCGUCUGUGAAUUCCAAGUUCAAUGAGUUGGCGAUGCAGGAGAUGACGAAGAUGGUGGCGACCAAUUUGUUUCGUGCUUUGCCUUCUUCCAAUCAUGAUGGGAAGUUGGCUGAAAUCUGUGAACCUGAAGAGGAGGAACCUGUUAUGGAACCGGCAUGGCCUCAUCUGCAGAUUGUGUAUGAAUUUCUCUUUAGAUUUGUGGCUUCACCAGAGACGGAUGCUAAGCUUGCUAAAAGAUACAUUGAUCAUUCGUUUGUGUUGAGGCUGCUUGACCUUUUUGACUCAGAAGACCAAAGAGAGAGGGAUUACCUGAAGACUAUUCUCCACCGUAUUUACGGGAAGUUCAUGGUGCAUCGGCCGUUCAUUAGAAAAGCUAUCAACAAUAUCUUUUACCGGUUCAUAUUUGAGACAGAGAAACACAGUGGGAUUGCCGAGUUGCUAGAAAUAUUGGGCAGCAUAAUUAAUGGUUUUGCUCUGCCUUUGAAAGAAGAGCAUAAGCUGUUCCUUGUCCGGGCACUGAUCCCACUUCACAAGCCCAAGUGCGUUGCUCUCUAUCAUCAACAACUUUCGUAUUGCAUUACUCAGUUUGUUGAGAAGGAUGUCAAGCUGGCUGAUACUGUGAUAAAAGGCCUUUUGAAAUAUUGGCCAAUAACUAAUAGCACAAAGGAGGUAAUGUUCCUUGGUGAGUUGGAGGAAGUUUUAGAGGCAACUCAAGCAGCAGAGUUUCAGCGAUGUGUGAUUCCAUUAUUUCGUCGAAUUGGUAGAUGCCUCAAUAGCUUACACUUUCAGGUGCUUAUGAAAUUCACUCAUCCACAUCUUUUCUUUUCUGAUGUCUGCAUUCAUUUGAUUAGCAUUUGCCAACACCAGUGACCACUCAUUUCUGUAUAGAGAUUUCUGCGUUAUUCAUUUCCAUUCCCACUUUGCUUCUCCUAGCUAUCUUAGAUGCUAUCAUUUAUCUAAUAUUUGAAUAUUACUCAAUCUUUAUGACACUGACACCAUUUUGCUCUCUCUCUCUCUCUCUCUCUCUCUCUCUCUCUCUGUGU